GGGCCACGCCACGCCUCGGGGGGCGGGGCGAUGCCGAACUGCGGCGGGCUGGCUCAGUAAAGCGGAGGCAGCGGGGGAAGAUGGCGGCGGCUGUUCCGCAGCGGGCGUGGACCGUGGAGCAGCUGCGCAGUGAGCAGCUGCCCAAGAAGGACAUUAUCAAGUUUCUGCAGGACCACGGUUCAGAUUCGUUUCUUGCAGAACAUAAAUUAUUAGGAAACAUUAAAAAUGUGGCCAAGACCGCUAACAAGGACCACUUGGUUACAGCCUAUAACCAUCUUUUUGAAACUAAGCGUUUUAAGGGCACUGAAAGUAUAAGUAAAGUGUCUGAGCAAGUAAAAAAUGUGAAGCUUAAUGAAGAUAAACCCAAAGAAACCAAGUCUGAAGAGACUCUGGAUGAGGGUCCACCAAAAUAUACAAAAUCUGUUCUGAAAAAGGGAGAUAAAACCAAUUUUCCCAAAAAGGGAGAUGUUGUUCACUGCUGGUAUACAGGAACACUACAAGAUGGGACUGUUUUUGAUACUAAUAUUCAAACAAGUGCAAAGAAGAAGAAAAAUGCCAAGCCUUUAAGUUUUAAGGUCGGAGUAGGCAAAGUUAUCAGAGGAUGGGAUGAAGCUCUCUUGACUAUGAGUAAAGGAGAAAAGGCUCGACUGGAGAUUGAACCAGAAUGGGCUUAUGGAAAGAAAGGACAGCCUGAUGCCAAAAUUCCACCAAAUGCAAAACUCAUUUUUGAAGUGGAACUAGUGGAUAUUGAUUGAAAUAGCAGUGCUUCAGCUCUAAGGAUAUCAGCAACAAUGACAAGACUUGGCCUUGAAGAAACUUACAUAACUAGUUAGAACUUGUUACUAUUGUUAAGGGAAGAGUCAACUGGAAAAUUCAAGGAGUUAAUAAAAUUUGUUUACUUGAUCCCAACUUUUGAGAGAUGUAAUCCCUUAUGAAUCCCUGAAGUCUAAAAUACCUUCCUACGGCUAUGUAAAAUACUGGUCAAGGAAAACUCCUUUUACCUCAUGUUGUAAACGAAGUGGCUCAAUAAAAAUUUAUCCAGUGUCUUGAUUUGACUGAUUUGUUUGGUGUUAAUAUAUUAAUUUUUCUGAUUAAGUAACUGAAACUAUGGACCUCAUCAAACCAGGGAGUAACUCCCAAUAAAAUUAUCUGGACAGAUUGCCUGUAUAAUAAGACAAAAGCAUAGGGCUUGAGGGUAAACAAAAUGCUUUAAGGUCUAAAACAUCAUGGCAGGAAGAUAAUACCUUAAUUUAGGAGAAGUGUACUUCAAAAACCUAUGAGCCACUAAUAAAGGUAAACAUAAAAUUAAUAUUACUAAUUUAUUCCCCCCAAAUAAAUUCAUAAACAAUUA